CAGCAAACUCACAUUCCAUUUUCCCCUCAAAGUAUCAGUAACAACACGCGAACAGAAAGAAAAAAUGAGGUAUGGCGGAUCGAGAAAGAAACCAGUUCCACUCGGCUUACUUCUCUUCUUAUGCGCCACUUUCACCGGCAUCGGUUUGUUGAUUCUCACGCUCAGAUCCGUGGAUCCGUCGCCGCCUGCUGAUUUACCCACCCAGGAUUUGGGAAUUCGAGCUCAGGAUUUGGGAACGAAAUGUACAAGAUGUUAACUGCUGCUGCAUUAAGCAUAAUGUUGAACCGGUCCUUGAUCAUUGGGCAAACCAGGCAUAUUGGUUCUUUCUCAAUCCUUUCUGUUCUACAUCAAAAUUUUCCUAUCUACAUAACUAUUUAAUUUGUUAGUGGAAGCUAGUCUUGUUGUUUUCUGCAUUAAUUGUUUGGCUCUUAAGACAGUGCAUGAACAUUGUAUUAUUUCCAAUUCCAUUUGAGUGGAUUAAUUAUAAGUGCUAGCUAUUUGAGGUUAGUGCAAAUUUAGUUUACU